GGGCGCUAGGCCGGCUGGCGGGAGGGCGAGCGGGCUGCGGGCCGGCGGGCGGACCGGGCCGGGGCUGGAGAAGUUUGCGCGGCGGCUUGUGAGCGCAGGGUGCGGGCCCCGCCGGCCGCUGCGCGCCCGCUGCCAUGGCUUUCCGCAGGAGGACGAAAAGUUACCCACUCUUCAGCCAGGAGUUCGUCAUCCACAACCAUGCGGACAUCGGCUUCUGCCUGGUGCUCUGCGUCCUCAUAGGGCUUAUGUUCGAGGUCACUGCCAAGACUGCCUUCUUAUUUAUUUUACCUCAGUAUAACGUUAGUGUGCCUACAGCAGACAGCGAGACCGUGCACUACCACUAUGGGCCGAAGGACCUGGUCACAAUCUUGUUCUACAUCUUCAUCACCAUCAUCUUGCACGCUGUGGUUCAGGAGUACAUUUUAGAUAAAAUCAGCAAACGGCUUCAUCUCUCUAAGGUCAAACACAGCAAGUUCAACGAAUCUGGACAGCUGGUUGUCUUUCAUCUCAGCUCGGUGAUAUGGUGCUUCUACGUGGUGGUGACGGAAGGAUAUUUAACAAACCCGAGAAGCCUCUGGGAAGACUACCCACAUGUGUACCUCCCCUUCCAGGUGAAGUUCUUCUACCUGUGCCAGCUGGCCUACUGGCUGCACGCACUUCCGGAGCUAUACUUCCAGAAGGUACGGAAGGAGGAAAUUCCCCGCCAGCUCCAGUACAUUUGCCUGUACCUGGUCCACAUAGCUGGAGCAUACCUCCUCAACCUGAGCCGCCUGGGCCUCAUCCUGCUGCUGCUGCAGUACUCCACCGAGUUCCUCUUCCACAUGGCCCGACUCUUCUACUUUGCAGACGAGAACAAUGAGAAGCUGUUUAACGCCUGGGCUGCUGUCUUUGGGGUCACGCGCCUCUUCAUCCUCACCCUUGCCGUGCUGGCCAUCGGCUUUGGACUUGCUCGCAUGGAAAACCAAGCUUUUGACCCCGAGAAAGGGAACUUCAACACCUUACUUAGCAGGCUCUGUGUGCUGCUGCUGGUGUGUGCUGCCCAGGCCUGGCUCAUGUGGCGCUUCAUCCACUCCCAGCUGCGGCACUGGCGGGAAUACUGGAAUGAGCAGAGCGCCAAGCGGAGGGUCCCAGCUGCCCCUAGACCACCAUCAAGGCUCAUCAAGAGGGAAUCUGGUUACCAUGAAAAUGGAGUGGUGAAAGCAGAGAAUGGAACCUCCCCACGGACUAAGAAACUCAAGUCUCCUUAAGGCCAAAGUGCUGAGAACAGGAAUCCUCUUGGGGGGCCCAGCAGGGCAGCGGGGGGCCCAGGCCUCCGUCACUGCCUCCCCUUCCUGCUCAUGACGCUCCAUCGCAAACAGCAGGAACCUGUCUUUAAACGGGGCUUUUCUUCUUUCUUACUUCUUGGCUUUUUCUUAUUCUUCCGUAAACCAUUCUCAAUAAAACCAAAAAUCUUCCUCUUUCUCUCCCUCAAGCCACUCAUGUCCUCACCUCUGUCCUGUGUUGGGUUUUCUGGAAGCGCAGGUUCUCCUGGUUGUCUUUCUGCUGUGGCCUCCUUGCUCGUCUGUCACAGCUGCUGCUUUCUCUUUUUACUUCUUUUACUGUGUUGUGCAAUUUUUCUGUCUUGACUUUUACCAUGAGAGGGAGCUAAGAUUGCAGUCCUGGCCACCCAACCCCAGCAUCGGUCCCCAGGACCUGUCAAAGUCCGGAAGCCUCGCGUGAGGAUCCCGUGCCUGGGGCCAGCGGCAGGCCCCCCGGUGGUCCCCGUGUGGAUGGGCAGAAAGAGGAGAGACCGCCCUCUUGAUCAUAAUCUCCUAGGUGCUGAUUAACUGACGACAUGUAUGAUUCCAGUUCUGCGCGCACUGUCUCGAGGCCCAGCAGGACUGCUGCUCCUUGUAAAUGCCAAGGCAUUUGGCUUUGGGACCUGACGACUCGGUCUGGGAGGAUGGUGUUAACUGUGCUGGGUCCCCUGACUCAAGACAGUUUGCCAGUGGCUGGUCCUGUGUUGGAAACCAGCCUGCCCUCACUCUGCUGGGGAAGUGCCAGAGAUUGGACACGUCUUCCCACUGUCUAGAGCGAGAGCAAGUGUACUGAGCCAUCAAGCUCUUCUGGAAAGUGAUGGCCGAGUCGACCCAGGACUUUCGUGAGCAGCCCCAGCUGCACCUGCUUUGCUACCCUUCACCAGCGUUCAAAACCAAAUCCGACAGCCGAUAGGACUGGCUGGGCGCGGGCUGGUCUCCACCCCAGCCCCAGGCAGCCCUGUCAAGCCAGCCCUGCUGCCCGACUUCAUCUCCCUGCCCACAGGAACACCAAGCCCCCGCCGGCCUCCCUCGUUGAGUGUCCUUUGGAAUCGUCGUUGUCAUCUGCUGAUGUUUGUUGAGCACACCUACAGCACAGCGCUGUAGAUGGUACGAACCAGGACAGGCUGCUUAGAUGAGCUGUACGGCUAUGCCGAGGCUUCCUGCCUCAUCUCACGUGGUGAUUCCCUCCUCUCUCCCCAAAGAUAAGGUCCUGACAGGGCCUUGCAGGGACUUGCACAGAAGAGUCGGGCUUUCCGGGGUCCUGUUUAGAACUCCCGGACUCUGUACUGCAGUGAUGGGGAGUGGUUCUUGGUGGGCGCAGGAAUGUUAGUGUCAUUUGAUGAGUUGGUCCUCUUUCUGACAUCACAGUAGAAGCCGAAUCUUGGAUCAUUAUCCAGGAAAGGGGGAGAUGGGUCCUUCCAUCAAGGCAGGGCCCAUUCUCUAUGUCACUUGCAUCAGAGAUCAAUUUUAAUUUUCUAGAGACUUAGGGAUUUGUUUCCUAACACUGUUGUAGACCCUUAUGUCUCUGUCAGGAUAAGGUGACUGAAAAGGAGGAACUACCCUUGGCUGCUUCCGAUUACUCUUAGGAAGUGGGGCUGUUUUUGAAAGUAGGCGUCUCUCCCAUCCUUCUCUGAUGCCCCUCUGGGUGGCGAAGCAGAACUUGGUGAAAGGGUAGCAUGGUGGUGGCCAGUGGCAGACCGUUCAGCCAGCAGCCCCUGCGCCUGCCCCAGCAGCCCAGGCACCAAAGGUUGUCUCCAGACCACGUUCUGGGCAGCGUGUCCCUGCCCCCCAGGUGGCUGCUUCCCCGGGUGAGCCCUAUAAAACUGUGGAGUCUUGCCGUCAGCAAAUACGUGCAACGUGUGUGCUGCGGGCUGGCCAGCUGCCGAGCAACAGCCCAAGGCCUGCCCUCCAGCAGCCUCCCUCCCCUGUGCACGGGUGUUCCAGGUGUUCGCUGCCACACAGACCACAGGCGUCGUGUCGUAAGCGUCCCGCAGGCUCCAGUACUGUGCUCGGUGUGCCUCAGGUGGCGCUGCCACCCCAGAGGCCAGGUCAAUGUCGGCUGCUUCUUAAAGCACAGGGCUGAGAAUGAUGAGAGUAAGUCACAUCUUUUCUGCUCUGUAAAAAGCCCCGAGACAUGAGUAAGGCUAGGAUCUCACUGGCUGGUCUUCAGGAAUGAUUUGAGGGAGCAGGGGAUAGGGUCAUUGGAGGGCGCUUUGUAACCCCACUGGCAUCCCUGGCACGGUUCUUGCAGAGAGCGCCAAGUCUUUGGCAGGUUGGCUCAAACCAUGUUGCCAGGGGUCAAAAUAACUCAAUUCUAUUUCACCCUGUGAGCUUGUUGGGCUGGUUUGUCCUGAUUUGGCCACUUUGACUGUUUGCAGUCUCAAACACCCUUCUGGUCCCAGCUAUGCUAAGCCAUCUGCGUAGGCCCUGACAGGCACCUCUAGGUUCGGGAGGUCAGCUCAGCAGCACCCACCCAGGGCAGGAGAACACGUGAAUCUACCUCAGCGACCGCUGCCUCUCAAUGUCUCUGAUGGCACCAGCGUGGGGCAGCCCAGCAGACAGCAGUGGCAGGAGAGGGACAGGGAGGCCGUGCCGGUGGGACAGGAGGGUCCUGUGUCGCCGAUUCCCCUCCUUGGAGGCUCACUGAUGGGAAGGUUAUUUUUACCAUCCAGACUCUGAGAGCUGCACUAUUAAUAAGUUACAUGUGUCCCUUCUGAAGGUAGGGGACAGUUCUGCGGGAGGGGGAGCAGGCCGGGCCAGGAGGAGCGCUGCUUCUCCCGUUCCAGUCAGUUCUCACCCUGUGUGUGUCUGGCCACCAGACCAAAACUGUUACCGAGAGAACCGUUUUCCGCUUUGUCUGAAGGCAGCAACAUUUCAGAAACCAAACUAGCCCUCCGUGCUCUGACCGCCUCUGCAUCCCUUGACUGGAACCCCUCGGACCCUGGAAACCCCUGAAGCCUGGGCUGCCAGUUCAAGGGGCGUGUGCUGCUCGGUUUUCUUGGGGGAACUUCAUUACCUUUGACCUUUUUUCUAAGUGGUAAAUAAAAAGUAGGGGCAGAGAGCACCACCCCCACCCAAGAUUCCUGACAGGAAAGUAUUCCUUGGCUGACUUUUUAAUUCCAUGUGGCUUGCUGACUGUGCAGCUGGGGAAGCUUGGGUUGGAUUUUUUUCAUAGGUUCAGCUUUCCCGAAGCCAGGUGGUUUUUCUGAGGCCUGGGUGAGAGAAGAUGGUGGGGGGGCCGGGGGCACGACACGCCUCACUCCCCAUGUAAGGGCCUCAGCACCACACAUGAAGAGAUUUCCAGUCCUGGUCUUCACAGGCCCGCCUUUUAGUGGAGAGUGCGCUGAAGGCUUGUGAGUUGGGACAACAGAGUGGUCUUUAUUCCCCCCGCCCCCCACAGCCUUCCCAGCUCACAGCCCUGCUUGUCAGGAGGGACUUGGGCACGACUGGAGAGCUGGGUCAUUAUCAGAUCCCUUGAAAGCUAAACAGAAUUGCUCUCUGGCCCUUGGUUGGCCCAGUGAGGAGGCCUUUAUUAACUUCUCACUCUUCACCCCCAUUCUGUGAAUAUCAGUUCCCCCUCCCCAAAGGCUGAAAAAGACCUUCUUCCUGCCCCCAUGUGCCCCUUAGCCUUUUCAUGGAGGUCUUCGAAAAGCGCGGGGACAGGGGCCUCCUGGCUCUGUGCGGCCUCUGCGCGCGGCAACCUGUGUGAGCGUUUGUCAUAAGCAGAGCAGAUUCUUACUCUCUGUGUGAGAAGUGCCUUACUUGCCGUGUGGCCUUGGCCUUCACUGUUGUGUAGAGCCAGCUCCCAGCUGCCAGGGCACUAGGGCUGUUUGUCACAUGCAGCCAAAGGCACUGGGCCCGGUACAGUUACAUGUAAAAGGGACACCGAUUGUGACAAUUUCGCCUCAUUUGUCUCAACUGCCCCCACACGCACCAUCACAUUAGGGUCUGUGGCGUGACCCCUGUUUUGUUUCAGGGUGCUCCCUGGAGUCAGUGCUCAGGCCUGCCGGGGUGGAUGCGGAGGCCUGCGAAGGCCCAUUGCAGCGCCGGUGCCUCGUGCCUGUAAAGGGAAGCUCAGAGGGCCAGGGCACUAAGCCCUGUUUGUGCCUCUGGCCCCAGCACGGUGAGCCCCGCUCUUCCAGCACCCCCUCACCAUGAUUAUGAAAGGGUACCCUUGCUAUAACCUCUUCUGAUCUAUUUUGCUUCCCAUUCAACCCGAAGUCUAUAUGACAGUGGUGUCUACUUUCCAGUCACAAGUGUUAACUCACAGAUACCCAUUUAACAGUGGGUCUAGGUUGGCCAAUGCAGAACUUCAAGCUUCCAGUUCAGUGUUACCUUGUGUUAGCAGCAGCUCCAUCUCCCCGGCCCCAGCCCACCUGCCUUUCCCUUGCUCUUCCGGGUUGUGCAAUAACCCUCCCGCCCAGUGGUCCUUCCACAGGCUUUGCUGUCCCUUCCAACACCCUGCAGUUGGGAAGGGAAGGGACCCAUGGGAGGGGCAGCCAUCACCCCCUACAGAAGAAAUGUUAGCCACUCUCCCUGUGUUGCUUUUCUCAUGAUUCUGGGUAGGUUUCUGUGGCACUCUAGUAGAACAUUGUAGCAUCAUCUUAAAAGUCCAUAUAAUUUUUUUAAAAUAAUCUGUUGAAAAGGAAAAAUAACUAUCCUCAUGAUGGGGCAUUAACAAGAGUAAUAAGUCAGUGUCUGGGGAUAAGAUCUGUUGUGACACCCGAGGUGCCACCAUCUCUCUGCCUGAAAGCAUUCUAGAGUUUCUUGUUCACGUGGAGAGGAAGGAGAGCCACGUGUGGACAGCCCUGUCCACCGGACAGGGACUGCCCGUGAUAAGUACCACCAUUUCCUUGGGUACAGAUUCAAGUGUUUAUGUGCUGAGACUAAACCUCAUUUUUCAGUUCUUCUUGUUUAAUAAACAUCUGAAGGAUGAGCUGAGGCUGCUGGUGCCCUGAGCAACUCAUAAUGCAAAUGUGGAUAAAAAAUGUCUUUUUGUUUUUCUACUUAGCCUGUUCAUGUUAUGGACCAAAUUACAACAAGGAACUCAAGGAAAAUUUGUACCUGCCGUAUUUAUGCUCAUGUAA